AAAAGAGAGGAAGACAUGGCUGAAAAAGACAUGACCACAGAAGAACAUCAGAGUACAGAAGCAGAAGGACCGGUGGACACGAAACCCGGCCAGUCUGGGUGGAAGCAAUUCCAAUGCCCCAUAACCGAUCGACGCUUUCCCAGGGAAGAUAUGAAGCAGAUAUGGAAGGAUUGUCAGUACGAGAGCUUCUGGUAUCGAGCUCUUCCGCUCUCUACCGGGAGCGUGGCUGUGACUGGUGGCCUCAUAUACAGCGGUGUCUGGAAACAGUCCAAGCGAUUUGGGUAUUUCCCAAAACUGCUUUUGGCGGGUAUUGUGGGUUAUGCAGUAGGCAAAGCGUCAUAUACUGGGGCCUGCAAAGAGAAGUUCAUUAAUAAACUGGGACCAGAUUUCACAAAAGGCUUUGGUCCUUCUGGAUUUGGACCAGGUGGUUAUAGACCUGGACAUAAACACUGCAUCCAUGUGUGUGAAAAGUGCAAGCAACAAGAAGAACAAGCUUCAACAGCGCCGCGGCCUAAUGCACCCACUCAGAGUUGAGGAUCAACGGGACACUGCUCAUCACUCUAUGUAUUUUUUUUUUUUUUUCUAAUAAAAAAUAAAUAAAAUGUUUUCUUCUUUGAAAAUGA